AUGUUUUCAGCAGUCUUGACGAUCAAAACGCAACUGAGGUAAGUAUAUAACGUACGCGUGUCGGUUAAAUGUGCCGGAGCAGUUGAGUGUCUCAGUUGGCACUACCAGCUUAAAAAACUAUCGGGUGAAUAAAAGUGCACACGGUUUUCAUUUGAGCUCAGGUCUAUUACUUACUGAAUCUUGUUGAGACGUGUCGAGGGCGCGCGUUUUGCGUCUCAUCGGGGAGAUAAACAGUAGGUAAGCUAACUCAUGAAAUGUUAACCGAAAAUCCGAAAUGCGUUUUUGUUUCGAAAAGAUUACUUGUGAAGGGUUUCGAAAUUAAUUAUCAUGCAGCAUAAUUCUAUAAUAAUUCGGUCACUUUGGGAUGUUGGCUUUCAAACGAACUUCUUUUCUGCUGCUCUGUGAAAAAUGACUACUUAUGCAGCAUGCAUUUGUCACAUUAAAUUUCGAUGCCUCAACAAGUAAAUUAUAUUUCAUGGAAAACAUGCAUAAAAAUAUUCAUGCUUUUACUCAUUUGGUAUAAAAUUACGUUCUUUUCCAAUUGUAUACUCCAAGAAUCGAUACAGUUCGGUCUUAAAUUAGUUUGUAAUUAUAAGAUUAUUUAAUAUCGUGAAAUGACGGUUCAUAAAAUAUCAUGUCUCUGCAUUUGCUAAUGUUGCUUGUAAAAUUUACAGUAUGGCUUAAAUCCGCUGCUAGAUUUUAUGAACCCCUAUAUGGUUUCCUUUUAAUGCCGUAGAAAAAUGUAUGGUUUUCGUACGCAGACAAUAUAUGGCUUGCAGUUUGUAAACUCUGAAUGCAAGCGUAACAGCAGGUGGGGUUCAAAAUUAUUCGGGAAUUGUAAAAGUUUAUGAGAACCGAGUUGUACCCUUCUUACGAGUAUAAAAUUAAGAAAAGACGUAAUUUUCUACUGAAGGCGUAAAAGCAUGAAUAUGUUCGUGCAUAUUUUCUAUGAAAUAUAAUUUAAUUGUUAAGGACGUCGAGAAUCAAUGAGAAAAAUCCCUGCGACUAAUGCAGUUCUUUUUUACAGAGUGUGGUUUUCGCAUACAGUCGGAAAGAAGUUCUUUCAAAAGCCAGCAUCCCAUGGUAACCCAAUUAUUGAAGAGUUAUACUUCAAGACGAUUAAUAUUAAAACUGUAAUCUUUUCGAAACGACAACGCAUUUCAGAAUUUCAGUUAACAUUUCUAGAGUUAGCACACCUACUGUAUCUAUCAGUUAACUGAAGUCCCUCAUCGUAGCGGCACCCCUUGGGAUGCGUGGCUUCUCAUACAUCUUCGAAAGCAAGUGAAGUCCGAGCAUGUUUGCUUUAUGGUUGUCGGAUUUGGUUGGACAUAAAAACAUGUCUUGAUAUAUGCUAAAGAGCGAGUCUGGAGGAAAUAAUUGGACCACGUCUUUGUGGAAACCCUCCAUUAUAAGUAAUGACGUGUUCGGAGAUGCAGUUAAAGUAAAUUAGAUGGUCUUGUACUGCAAAACCCAUGUUCUUAAGUCAAACCAUUUCAUCUGCUGAAGCUGAUAACAGGGAUCCUGUCUGCAGACAAUUUUUCAGUCCUCAAUUCAUAUCAUAGAGAUAUUCACCUCUCUUGAUAGGGUGAUUAGUUGGGAAGUAAAGGGAAUUCUUUACUACGAUGGCACAAAGACUUCUCAUUGAUCAGCAGCAAAAGACUCAGGAGUACAUACUUCCGAGGCAGCACUUCAUCCAUAGAGAGGGUUGUAUGACAGACUGAUGCCGACAUUUUCGACUAACGGUUGCUCGAAAAUGACUAAGGGGUUACCUCUGAAAUCUACACUGUGCAACCAGAAUGGGCAGAUGAUACGUUGCACCAAAAAACCCAGAACAAGUCAGUCAGGAUAAUGUGUUACUCCAACAGAAUAACGAAAGUCGUAAUGCCGCUGGGCACAGCCUGGAAUGCGUGGAAAAGUUUUCAUUUGCACCCAACGUUUUCCUGAAAAAUUCUUCAAUCGACCAUCACAUACGAUAGCCACAAUGUUGCAAUCAACAGGUUGACUGAUUUAAGCAAAUUAAACGUGAAUAAACUUCUUGCUUCAGCGAUCGCAUCUUCUUCCUUUGGAAUAAUAAAUGGAUAAGGCAUCAAACAUGCAUCUCCUUGUCUGGGCUAAGGACAUCGACGUCAGCUGACCAUAACUUGUUCCGACCUGAAAAUUUCAUCAAUCCGGCUGUAGCUCCUUUGAGUCGGGCACUUUACAAAGUAUUUAGGAGCAAUUUUAAGAUCACUAACUCCACUGCAUUUUCGAGAAUUUUGUGUUAGAGCAGUUGAGACCGGGGUCAAAGUCUAAAACAUGCCUUCCUUAAGAACUCAAAUAAGAAGGAACCUAGGCGAUGCGUAUGCAAUCCUCCGGCCACUCAUGAAGGCGGCUUUUUGUGGUUUAUCAGGGUGUCAUCGAUUGAGAUUAAAUUCGAUUACCAUACUCCAGGCAUUUACACUAAGUAAAGGUUGAGACUCGGGUUUUGUCAAUUUUACUGCUCCUUCGACGGGGGAUUUCCUUAUUGCCGUUCCCUAGGUGCUGAAGUUUCUAAUGCUAUACCUUAGUAAGGUCAGAAGGUGCAUUUAAACUGGGAGUAAAUUCUUCAACAAAACCUUCCAAGGUUCGGCACACUAGAUUGUCCGAAGACUUUAUCCAAUGUUCGCACACUCGGUAUCAUCUUAACUUAAAUAUAUCAGAACGGUAUAUAGCAGCGUAUUUCGAUUUCUAAACCGGCCUUGAUUAAAUUCAAAAUGUGGCGAAUAGAAAAUCCCUUUUUUGAUGAGUAUGCUUUAUCAGAAUCUCAUAUUCAUUUCAGGUAGGAUACGGGAGAAGAAAACUCCCACACUACAGGUCCGGGUGAACUAAUUUUCAGAGAGGUUAUAAUUACAGUGAGCGACCUAACUCAUGGAAAGUUUCAAAAUUUACGAAUGAUUGCUAAUCACUCGCAAAUCAACACCAGUGCGUAGAUCCGAUACAUAUCUUAAUAAAUGUCAACUUUAAGGGGAAUAAAAGCAUCAACAAAAUGUUAAAUUUAAUGUUGCAUUGAGUUAAAAUCCCAACUUUCUAAAAAGCGGAAAAUUCCGAAGAAAUUAGAGAUGGGUGUAAUUGGGUUAACUUAAAAUUCAUGUGUAUAGAAAGACUAUGCAUGCAAAAUACAAAGUAUAUACGAAAGCGCAAAUAGAACAUUCUGUAAAAAUGAGUUUAAGUGAAGUAUACGUCUAACCUUUUCUUCAGAAUUAAUGUAGGUUCAAGUGUGGUGGUUUGCCAAUAGCCUAACUUCUGAGUAUAGGUUCCAUAACGCUCUACCUAGGAUCCGUUACAUUUUUUACGCUUUAGAAUUCAUUAAGAUGCAGUCCAAAAGACAAGGGGGACUUCAAAAGACGAUUUGGCGAACAUACGUAGACUUUCGAUAUAUCCUCUUCAGUCCUGUAAAUGCUAUCGAAAUUAUUAAUAAGACAAUGCAUGCCAGCAGGAGUUAUUCUGUAGCUGGGGUUUGGGGGAAAAACAAUAUAAAUAUCCAGGCCUGAAGAGAAUUUAUCGGAAGCUUACAUAUGCGCGCCAAAUUGUCUUUUGAAUUCUUUAAUGGGAAUUUUCGCAACUCUAAAACAGGACUUUACUUCAUUUCCCUGAUAGGGACGUAUUAGGUACAAGAGUUUUCAUAAGGGCGCCGUGUUGCCAGACUAAAUUCUCGUACGAAUUUCCGUCACCAGGUUUCAAGAGACAGGUCACGUUUAAGGUUGGCAUCAAUGGGAAAGUUAGGGUUAUGUUUACGGUUAUUGCUUGAUUUCGGACUGGGAGACGGGAUCAUUUAUCCUUCGGAAUUUGGUGUGGAAUCGCAUGACAGAGGGAGUACCCAUUCGGCUGCCUCACCGAAUUUCAUGCACUUUUCCAAUCUCAAGACGGCUGACACACCUUCCAGCGCCCUAUCACACAAAAAUCUGAAAAAAAUCCAGAGAAUUCAGUUGGCUGCUGAAAAGCGCUGGCAGUGAUAAUUCCUGAAAAAAUGAUCAAAGUAUAACUAAGCCGUCUUGACGCUGCUAAGGGUGCAGUUUAGUCACAUGCGUCAAGAAAUAACUCAUGUUCUACUUUGCAUUAUUACACACAAUUAUGGUAAUGCAAUGUGAAAAUGCUGCCUUGUAUUCCUCCAAAUCGUUUUUUAUUCAAUUCAUAAGUAACUUGCAGAAAUUAAAUAAAUAUUUUUCAUCCAAAGCAACGAUGAACAAUGGUACUUUCGCCUUGGAGGCAAAAAGAUCUCAAUUUCUUUUCGUACGUCAGAAAAUCGGUCGGCAUUACCCGCAGAAAACACUGCUUCCAGCGAUUGGACUUUCGCAGGCGAAACUACUCUACAAAAGGUGCUUAGUAGACGUUUUUAACCAGCUGACUAACACAUUAAAUUCAAGUUUAUCGAAUUAGCACUAUGCGUACCCCUGUUUAGCCAACUGACACCAUUAACUUACUUAAAACCUAGAAAAGGAGGACAUAACCUGAACUGAUCGCAAAACCCACGAUAGUUAGCAGAGAACCUCAAAUAUCUCUAAGACGCAGGACUGACUUGUGCAAUGUUAUGGUAAGAGGGCGUUCAUCGAUCGGUCUACAGGAAAAGCUCAUCCCGCUGCGUCUUGAUGCCUGAUCCAGACUACUAUUUACAGGUUAAGGGCAGCCAAAUAGACAGAGAAAAUUUGAGAUGCUCGUUUCCGGUCUUUUAGUCGUCUUCAGCCAGUCCGUCCCCCACCCCACAUUUGCACGAUCGAGGAUUUUAGCAGAAAUUCUCUAGUCAUAGAACGCCUUAGAAUCCACAGUCCCGCCACUGAGCUAGGAGUCCGCUGUCCUGCCGGUUGCUAUUGGGAAUAUCAUUUAAUGUUGCCUUCCGCAGAUUUGAAUGUCCUAAAUGAUCCACUUGUAAUUAAACACAAGGCACCCGGUGAGACCUCAAAACACAGGUGUUUCGAGUGCUGACCGUACUCAAACCUUGCUAUUUCUGUAGCGGAUUCGAGUCCUACAGAGUCCGCCAAGUUUAUCACAAUAUGGUCAGAAGAGCUGAGACUAUCCACUACAGCGGGUGUACGUCCAUCGAUCGGGGUGCUUGUGUCCUUCUUGGAGUACAUUGGAAGAGACUUGUGCGACGUCCACCAAUAAGUCCGGGAUUGCAUACCUCGAGAUUGGGUAUGACUGCCCAGUUACGGCUAAUAAGUCAGAAUUGGCCAUUCUAGUCUCAGUCUGUCAACAAGUGUAACGACAUCCCCAUUUCAUAUUCCGUGCUCAGGCAUAGGCUGGCCAAGGCAAAUGACCACUCGAGGAGCGCGCAAGCCGGUGAGCCAGAUGGCCGAGCUAUCAUCCCGCCAGCAUCCAACACGGGUGAUGAGAUUUCAGCAAUUAACUACCUGCACGCCGGCCAUCAAGCAAUUAGCGCACCAGCGGGCAACAAUCCUUGAUGAAGGGGAGCGCGGUUUAUCGCUAUAGGUAUGCGGUAGCAUAGCGACUGCAUCCUAUAAAUACUGCGAAUUCCUGUGCACGAGUCACCCUUUUCUGCCACUGUUUCUGAUGAUGGAUUCAAGUGAGAAUCCAAAACGUCCGGCGAAUAAAGUCCUUGUUCCAGCGAUUGCUUCUUCUUCUUCUUCUUCUUCUUCUUCUUCUUCUUCUGAUCAGUUUCUUUUGUCUUUGUCGGUAAUACUAUCCUGUCUACUCUCGUCUCUAUUCUCACAUUUAACGUUCUUCGAUGUCAAGAAAAUUUCAAGAUGAUCGGGGCUGGGCACAGUAUCUGACAAUGCUGAGCAUGCAGAAUGUCAUUAACGUCAAAGACAUGAGAGACUGGAAUGAUGAUUUCCUCCGUCUUUGCUGGUAGUGUGAUUCUGCCAUUAUCAUGUGCCGCUGUGUGGCUGCUAUUUUGGCUCAAGAGAGAGAGAGCCCUGAGGCACUACGGGACGAGUUAGUUCUGUACAAACGACAAGUUUACGCCCCUCUUCCAAUGCUAAAUAUCUCCUGACCUGGACUGUGCUUCCGCAUGUACAAGGUUUUGAGGAACCAGCGUGUGUCAGGAAUUAUACGGUCGAGAGUAACAUAAAGAUCACAUUGAGAAAUCAUUGCAAUUCCUCAUUUGCCUACUAAUCUUCCAGCCCGCGAGGUUUUGCCCGUUACAUCAGUCAUAAAGCAAUUUUAGUUGUUUAUGUAUCGGAGACCAAUCACUAGAUUCCAACUAUAUGGACUUCAGCUCCCUUUUCCGAUUCCACAUACCGUGGCCCGUCCGACUCAAAGGGAAUAGGAAUGACAUUGGGCACGGUAUUUGAAGUGACUUAAGUAGCACUUAGAACGCAUGUCACAAAGGGUGUGGUUUCUUACAGAAAUUCCAUAAAGGCCACUUUACGAAGGAGCACUUUUAGUCUGCUUUCAAUUCCAAAGAAGUGACAGGCAUUUCAUCGACUGAUACUGAUACCCUUUCACGGCGAGCAUUCAGCGCCCCGGGUAAGUACUGUGAGAAAACUGUUCAACUAGCCUUUGCACUGACCAUUCCCUUCCUCAUGUUUCAGUGCUCUACCUAAGUCUCUCGGUCGUCUGAUGCUCACUUUUGGGCUAAUACCAGUUACAGCACAAACCUCCAUCAAGUCCGUGCCACCGAAGCCAAGACACGUCUAAAUACCGCAUAUUUAUGUAUAAUUUUCCUUAUAAGGAAAAUAUUCAGCUUGUAAUAUGGAAACCCUGCGCGCAAGUGUAACUUUUGGAGGGGUCCAAAAUUAUUCUGAAAUUAAGAAACUCUUUAAAAUCAAACAAUACGCCUCCUCCAAGUAUAAAAAUUUGUACCAGACGUAAUCCCCUAUCAAUCAAGUAAACGGGUGGAUAUUUUGUGGGUCUUUUGGAUAAAAUAUAUUUGAAUCUAUGAAGUCAUCGAAAGUCAGAAAGGAAAAUGCCUACAAAUUAAGAACGAAAUCCAGUUCUAGCAAAUGAUCAUUCAACUUACGGCCUUCUCCAGCCGCCGCCCCAGUUUUGAAUUUAUCCAACCAGUUGCAACUUCUCACGCUGUCAGUCACAUUCUUGCCGCACUCCUCAGAGGGACAGCAAAGGGCAUUUUCCGUGUUUGGAUUCCUUAUCCAAACAAGCGGCGUGCACUGUCAUGGAGCAGUAACACUUUGGUUUUGAUUGCAUAUGUCUGCUUGUCACGAACACAUGUUUCCUGCAUCUCAAAAGACAUCUGCUGACCUGGUAUCCAAACGACGGCCAUACGGCCAGUCAGAUUGGUCACAUACUAGUCAACUCAAGGUUUCGCAGCUGGGUUCACGAUAGCAGAUCGAUGCGUGGUGCCGAGACUGGUAACGCCCAUGAGUCGGACCAUGUCCUCGUCCGUACACGCUUGAAAGUUAAUCUCGCAUCCGCGCCAAAAAUGCCACGUCCUAGACACCUCGAUGUCGAAAAAAUCCGGCAAACCAGCACUGCCGAGGCCCUGAGCAGAGAAAUCCGGAACUGUCUUGCGACUCCAGCCGACGGAUAAGUCAGUAACGAGUGGUCUUCACUGAAGACAGCUGAAAAAAGCCUUGGAUACACCCAACGACGCCGCAGUGACUGGAUCAGCGGAAGAACCCUGCAGUUGUCCGCUCGGACGACUCGAUGCAGGUCCCGUUACGAUGUCUGCUUCCGCCAAUGUCGGAAGAUGACGGUAAAAUUGGCCAGGGAUGAUCGGAAGCAAUAUUGGACUGAAAUAUCGACCUCCAUGGAACAGGCCUCGUGCGUUGGUGACACUCGAAUACUCUGAAAACGUAUCCGCCAAGCUAGCAGUAAGCCCUUUACACUGAGUGAUUCAGUUUGCGACGUGAACGGCGGCUUUGUUGCUGCCAACUCGGCCAAAGUCGAGCGCUGGCGUGGGCACCAUCUCAACUUCGAUACCCAACCUAUCUGGCCCUUGCUCUCCUCCUCAGCGGAGUUUCUUCCCUCUCCUACCUAUGCAGUGCCAUGCGAUCCCCCCUCCGAGAAAGAAGUCGCCGAUGCCAUACGAAAGUUGCCCAACAAUAAGGCACCUGGGGAGGACGGUAAACCCGCUGAAAUCUUCAAGUCUUGUGUUGACACUCUGGCACCCUGGCUUCAUGGGGUGAUUGAACGACCGUGGAGAGACGAGGUUGGUCCUGAUGACUGGGGCUUAGGCAUCCAUGUACUUAUCCUCAAAAAGGGAGAUAAAACGAGAUGCGAAAAUUACCGCGGCAUAAGUCUCAUCGACGUUGCUGCGAAGAUCUUCGCUAUUGUCCUUCUCAGGCGAUCCCAGGCCGUGCGUGGCUCAAGGACGAGGCCGAACCAAGCCGGAUUUCGUGCUGGACGUGGAUGCGCAAACCAAAUAUUAACACUGAGGCACAUUCUCGAAUUUCGCCAUAGCAACCAACAACCGACGGCCGUCUGCUUCAUUUACUUUGCCGCGGUGUUCGAUUGCGUUCAUCGCGAGUCGCUGUGGCGGAUAAUGGCGCUGGAUGGUGUACCGGCAAAUAUCAUCGCCAUGAUCAAGGCCUAUUAUCGACCCACUACUGCGAGAGUCCUGGUCCACAACAAUCUUUCCCAACUGUUCGGCAUUCGGUUUGGCGUUCGGCAGGAUUGUAUCCUGUCGCCCAUUCUGUUCGACUAUGCUAUUGACUGGAUCCUUGGAAGGGUCCUGCACGAAGGUGUUGGUGUUGGGUUUGCACCCGAAGAUCUCGCCUUACUUGCUUCAAGUUUUGGCGAUCUGCAGUCUAUGGUGGCACGGGUGAGCGAGGUCGCUAAAUCGGGUGGUUUAUUCAUAAAUGUUGUGAAGACUAAAGGAAAGGCACCCCUUGGAAUUGAUGGCUGUCAACUUGAAGUAGUGGACAGUUUUAAAUACCUCGGGGCGAGGCACUGCCUAAUGGACAAAGUAAGGCCGACAUCGCCUCCCUAAUCGAUGCUGCCCACCGGGUUUUCACAAGCCUUCGAAAAUGCCUCCGGAUCCGACGUGACCUCUCCAUCGCCACCAAGAUUCUCGUGCACCGUGCAUCUGUCCGGUCUGUCGUUCUCUACGGUUGUGAAUGCUGGGCUUUGCGCGUGGAGGAUGAGCGAAAACUGGAGGUAUUUCACCACCACUGCUUGAGGACCAUCCUUCGAGUGAAGUUAACCGACUUUGUCUUAAAUGAGGCAGUCCGCGCUCGCUGCGACAACAUCACAAGGAUAACUCAGGCCAUCCAAGAAAGACGACUGAUGGGGUUUUGACAGGUUCUUACUCAUCCACCUCAGGAGGUCAGUGUUAUUUCCCUCGACCCGACACCGUUGUCCCAUUGGAAGCGUCGAAGAGGGGGUCAGUUCAAAACCAGGCUCGAUCCUGUUCGUCAAGACAUGGAGGUGGUUCUUGGACCUUCAGUAUUCGGUGUCCGUCGUUGGCGAAGGGAAUGGGUUGAACUGUCCAGAUCUGCUGCCGCGGAUCGUCACGCGUGGAGAGGUACAGUUCGUGACAUCAUCGAGGUCGUCUAGAUCAGGCAUGAUCGCAGCCGUAUCAAGUACAAGUACUUUGGUACCCAUUGCAUAUAAGCACCAGCGACUGUUUGUUUCGACCGACGUUCUGUUCGAUGAUAUACCAGCCCAUCCGGUCAGUCAGUUACAUCGCUUCUCAUUCAGGGCUUUUUCUUGAUGAAACAGUAUUUUCCGCGAACCAUGGCCGGCCACGUUGGCUGAGUAGCUCAAUUUUGGACUGGGGGACGUAGCUGACUGAUAGAUGUGACUCUCUCCCCUCUUCCCUCAACAAGUGGUCUGACCAACCUUGGCCGACUGAGGAUCACAUAGGCGCAGAGGCUCACGCCACCGAAUGUCGUCUUCUAAAGUUUGUUUCGGGUUAGGCCCGCAUCAACACAGACUGGCUCGCAAACGACCAUUCGCGUAAUGCGAGCAUGGCGAAUGUGGUCAAGUGGCCCUGGCGACGUGGCUCGACAUAAGGCGUGGCAUUGCUGCCCGCAAGCAGCGCUGGACAUUCCUGUUUCAACCUGCUUUAGGACCGGAGAAAUGACAAAUCGUCAGACAGAGUCACCCAUAAGAACGCAAGAAUCAGGUCCGUCUUUGGUGGUUACGGCACCAGCGCCAGCAGUCACAAGUAGGACGUCUGCACUUGACUUGAGAGAGAGCUGUGUAGGCAGAAAGGGGGCCACUUUUUGCUACGAAGAGCUAACGACCUUUCGAGUAAGGUAGACAGGGAAUUUAAGACCAAGGUAGAACCGGACGCGAUAAGAUGCUUGUGGACAUAACUGUGUCAUGCGGUUAAUGUGCUAGAUCAACACGAGGCCCAGAGUUGAGUACUGCACGCGUUACUGGGCUGUGCAGCGAUGAAAAAUGGCACGCUUAGGUGCAGGCUCACGUCCCGCCAGCCACCUGCGUCCGAAUCUGCUCCCGGUCUUUUUAAUUCUCCCUUGAAACCGGGUCCAGAAGGAUGAAGACGGAUGGUGGGAGAUAGACGCAGUGCAAGUCUACCGUCAUUAUACGCGCAAGUCACCAUUGUCAGUAACGCCGGUCGGAUUGUCGUGCAGUUUACUGCGAAGUAGCUAACAUGAGGGCAUAAAGGAGGGCAUACGGAGACCAGAAAUCCACAAACAAAUAUGCAGAAAAGAGUACUGAUAAAGCCAAAGAAUUCAUAUUGACCCAACUGUGAAAAACUCAGCGCCUUGGUGGGAUUCGAACCCACGCAGUAAGGGGAAGGCUUUAGUCCAGCCAACGCUUUAACCACUUGAGCUACCGGGUCCCGCCGUGAGCCUGGUUGUCAUCUGGUGGAUUCUAGAUGAAUUACUUAGGAAAUCCUGCUUGAGCAGUCAACUUACUGUAUCAGAUUUAGUGGAUUCCAGACGUUGCAUAAGGCUGAGCGGGGCCUCGUAGCUCAAAUGGCUAGAGCGUUGGAUGUAUUUAAGCCUUCUCCUUACUGCGUGGGUUCGAAUCCCACCGAGGCGCCGAGUUUUUCACAGUUGGGUCAAUAUGAAUUAUUCAAAAUCUGCCAAAACAUCUAUGAAAGACAACGAAUGCAGGAGUGCCCAUUUUCGGUUUAUUAGCUGACAUUAUUCGGCCUUGCCGAGCUCCAGGUUCGCAUGAUCUAAAAGUCAAGCCCAAAUAUAUGGUCAUAGAAAGGUUUUAGGUUUAACACCCUACAACUGACAGAAUAACGGCUUGAGGUUCUAUGGAAGAGUGUUAGGAAUAAAAAACCAGGUGAGAGAAGAAUGCGGAUUCAGAUCCCAUAUCUGCAAAUCUUGGGCCUAGGUACGGUUGACGGACGAUGGCAAAUGGAUCAGAAGUGAUCCCCUAACCUGAUCCGUAAAAGCACGUUCCGUCAUAAUGGAUGGAUAGACAUGGAGUAUUUCGAUUCUCUUCGGAGUCUGAAGAACUCCGUGUUUCAGGUAAGUUGUACAAACUCCUUUGGAGACUCUGAAUUACCAUCCUCCACAUUUUACACUAAUUUUAAGAAAACCGGAGACGUUAGAUUCUUAAACGGCAUCGAUCACGUAAUCAGCAGGGGUAUGCGCGCGGCUUAUCAAACUGCCGAAGUAAAUUCAACUACUUUACAAGCAGGCUGGACAUUCCACUCAGUUAAAUCCCAAGGUCAGCCUGUGUUACAGCAUCUGUGGGAUUUUCUUUUGAAGUUGUCAUAAGCGACCCUGCUAAGUAGUUGUUAGGACGGCCCAGAACACGACGCACCAUUUCUGUCGUCCGGGGGUCGCGCCUGUAAAGAACCGCAAACUCGCCGGACAGCCUCGCCUAGGAAGCCUGCAUGCGAGCCAGACAUUAGCACGCCGCUGAGUCAUGCGCGACCUCCAGGGGCCAGCAACACGCGAGGGCCUGCCCAUGCGGGCGCUCAGGACUGGACCAGUAGGAACACGCAAACCAGACAAGGGCUGAACCCUUAAAUACGAAGCCACGGACGGAAGGAUUAAGAGUUGAUAUACACAGAGUGACUGACGCAGUAAAGCUGUUCUCUCCUAUCCUGUCUGUCUUCUAUUUCGCACAGAACUGGCGUUAUACUAAUUGGUGGAUAUAACAGUAGUAUCCAGGAGAAUGGUUUGAUUUUGUUUAAGCACCGCCUUAUCUAGUCUGUGAAAAAAGACCUUCAUUCUGUGUGACCUUAAAGACGUAUUUGCGUACAGGCAGCAACUCCGAGUGAAGUAUCACUCAGUGCCAAGUCUGUCCCAUUUGCUGGUUUGUGCCAUGUGGAAGUGGAGCCUCCGUGACAUAUCAGGUCACAGGUCAGUCAAGAUGGCGUCUACUUACCCAUAUAACCUGUGGUUCACUCAACGCACCUCUUGAUGUUGUGUGACCUUAUCGCCAUGAUUCAUUUGCCCAGCUUGUAGACAACGGCGUGUUGCUCUGUAUUUUGUCCUUCGCUGGUCGGUUGCAGGAUAACAAUUAUGCCCGACGUCGGGCCUAACAGCAUAGAUGGCUUAAUUUCAGCGUCCUGGUUUCUGAUCUAUUUGUACUCUCACCUUCGCAGUUAAGUACCUUCGACUUUUGAUAUGGGAACACGUAGGUGACGCACUCAAUCACCUUUAUGCUGACAUAGACGUCAGACCUAAUUGUACCAACACUUUUCGAUAGUACUUCCGAAUUGAACGAAGUGUUCCAAGAUGGUAUAGUGAUUGCCGUUGGCGAUGACUGAGGCUUCCGGCAUUUCGUUGUUGUUGUUGGUUCAUUCAUGAUCUCUUACUGCUAAUGAGUGCUCCUCGGUUGUCGAAUUUGAAGGCGAGGAUGCCGAGUCUUCGCUGCAUCAUCAUUCUAAGUAUGAUGUUGAAAAGCUGAUAAUAAACAAAUACUGGAUACUCCAAUCUUACCAAUGAACUUCUUGCGACGAAGUGCACUCGGUGAACGCUGAAUAGGGUCACCUCGUCUCGAUAAAUUAUGCCGGAUACCGGCCAUUGCAGAGAACAUGCUACUGAGGCGAGUUGGGUACUUCGCUCCACCGCACUUGAUACGAAGCACCGUCCCGAAGUUGAUCUGUUCUUCUUCGACGCGCGUCAUAAUGUCGUCGAUAAUAUGCUCUUGAUUUUCCAGAUUCAAAUUCGUAACUAAAGACCUUUCGUUUUCAAUGUAGUAGUAUCCUGUUACCAUUUUUAUCUAUUUGUGACUAAUUCUCAGAUUAUCCGGUCCAUACUUCCGCAACUUGGAGACUCAGAGCUCUCCUUCAUGGCCACGGGAAUACAGGUAAUGUCUGAAUGAAAUUUGCAUCCAAGCGGCUGUUUUAUGAUGACAUUCGUUGCGAAAUAAGUAGGAGCUUCUAUGAAUGGGAAAGCAAAUAAGGGAGCCCUGUGUAAUAUGUUCCGUUCGCAUUAACAGACAUCAUGAAUUCAUUACAAUUAUUCUAGUGGCUAUAUGCUGUUCAUAUUUUGCGACAGCCAAACAGACGCCCCUCUCAAUUACUAAACUGUUUUAUCUCAAAGAGUUUUUCUCCGUUGGGAAAGCCUAGAAGAAUACGACCUCAAUAGAAAUCCUCCUUCCUCCUGAUUUAUUUCCACAGCAUGACCGGGAUUCAUCGGACAUUCUCACUAAAAUGUUUCAUAUGAUUUGAUCUUCGGGAAGAAAACUGAAACAGUAUUGGCCACCCGUUCAAGCUGAUGUCUAUCAGAGGGUCAAAUUGAAAGGACCUUUUAGAGGAUUGCGCUGUAAAUGGUAUGAAUAACAUUUCUACGUUCUUGAAGUUACUAGAAAUACAUGCUUUCAAGAGAGUUGGUAGAGCUGGAUUGUAAGGUGUCCAGUUGUGCGUCCACUUGACGGCCGUAGUAGGUCGUUCGCUUGCUUGGGAAUGUAGACUACGCCUAGUGUCCACUUUCUGGCACCCAAAUCUCACAUGUGGCUCCCCGAAGAUAGGCUCUGUUUGGCGGCCACACCGGUAACCGCCUCGACCGGUGGAUUAAACCAGGUGGGGGUAUCCGUGUGAGCAUCUCCUCACACUGUACUCUUGACUCUGCUGGCCGGCAUCGGUAUAUCCGUGAUGAGGUUCCGCUUGGAACACCGUGGGAGGCCCCAAGGUAGGUGAGCAUCCAGGUAAGCGAACAUUGCUCUGCUGCCUUUGCUUUUUUGCUCGUGUUUGCUUGCUAUUUGUCUGCUUUUAUGUGUUUGUCCUUGUUGAAAACUAAGCGCUGUUCUGUUGUCUGUGCAUUUUGCUUGUUGCCUGCUUGCGUUUUAUCUACCGGUUCGUUCAUGACCUUACCCUAAGCUAAAUGCCGUUCUGUUAAAUUUGGCUGCUCAUCGUUUAUACAGUGAGUGACCGAUCUCAUGAAACAUUGGCUGAAAUUCUGAAAUGCGUUUUCGAUUAGGAAGGAUUACUUGGUCGCAGUUGUGAUAGUGAUUUUCUUAAGGCAUACUCUUAUAACCUUUCCGACUCCGCAGGAUGUCAGCUUUUGAAUACACUGAUUUCCAAUCUCCUGUAGAAAGCGUGCUCGGUAAAGAAUGACUACUUAAGUAGCGUGCAUUUUUCCCAUUGAUUUUCGAUGGUUUUAAAAAUUCGAAUAUAUCAUAUAGAAACCACAAACAAAAAUUUGCUUUCUUUUAGUCAAUCAAUAGAGAAGCACGUCCUCUUUAUAUUUUAUGCUUAAAGAAGGAGUAUAAUUAGGUUUUAAAAUGUUUCUAAUUAUGAGACUUUUUAAGACCGCGAUAUGUCCAUUCACAUAGCAUUGUACCUGGCCGUUUACCACUGCUCCUCAUGAAAUGUACAACAUGGUCCGCAUCCAUUGUAAAAUUUUAUGGACCCUGUAUAGUAUCUCUUUAAUGACAUAGAAAAAUAUGGGAUUUUCUUUACGCGGAACGCAUGCAACUUGUAGAGUGUAAUCACUAAGCGCUAAUGCAACGAAUGAUCAGGUUCCAAAUUAUUCGGCAAUUGGAAAACUUUUUUAAAACUUUAUUAUGCGACUUGCUUGAGUAUAAAAGAAAAAGAAGACGUGAUGCCUUAUUGAUUGACCAAAAGAAAGCAUAUUUUCGUUUGUGGUUUCUAUAAAAUAUAUUUGAAUGUGCAGGACCAUCGAAAAUCAAUGGGAAAAAUGCAUGUUACUUAAGUAGUCAUUUUUUACCAAGCACCGAUUCUACAAGAGAGUGAAAAGAAGUGCAUUUAAAAGCCGACAUGCUGCCGAGUCCAAAAUGUUAAAACAGUAUGCCUUAAGAUAACAACUAUCACAACCGCGACCAAGUAAUCCUUCCUAAUCGAAAACGCAUUUCAGAAUUUCAGCCCACAUUUCAUGAGAUAGGUCACGCACUGUAAUUCAGCUGUCAGUUAGCUUAGAGAGGGACGGGAAAGCUCUGCCUCUCUACAUUUGUCACAUCCCCAUCCCCUCAUCGAGCUUACGGCGGUGACGUAGGCAGUCCCAGACUAACUCUUGUCGUUCUUCCUUAGUGGAGUUCGGCAGCCGCCUGGGACAACAGAGUAGCCCUAUUUAGGGAGAGUACUGUUCGUCCCCGCGAAGGAGGAGGUGUUAGAAUAGGUGCCUUAAACAAAUUCUGGGGAUCUUCGCCGGCUGCAGGCUGAUCGUGGCCUCGGAAAAACCAAAACAGAAACGACUCUCUCACUUCCCUAUCCUCCUUCCUCCUGCCCCACUCGCUAGACCGGUACGAUGAGUCCGUUCACUCUGGAAGCCUAUAAUUUUCAUUCCACUUUAGACAAUCCGAGGAGCAAUCGACCGGAACGGAGGAAGGCACUAGUGAUUCAGGAACCGGCAAGCUACAAGGUGGAUAUUGCUGCACUCAUUGAGAUCCGAAAAAAGGCCAACUGGAGUAGGUGGGUGCCGGUUGCACCUUCUUCUGGAGCGGUCGCCCCAGGACAGAGCAACAGGACUCGGGCGUCGCCUUUGCCAUCCGGAAUGACAUGUGGGACGACUGCCUUGUCUGCCGCCCGAUAUCAACGAUCGCCUGAUGAGGCUCCGCCCGCCUCUUUAGGGAGGCAAAUUCACCAAUAUCGUCAGUGUCUACGCUUCCCCAAUAACCAGCCCUGACGAGGCGAGGAACAAAUUCUACGAGGACCGGUGCGCUGCGCUUGCGUCUGUGCCGAAGGCGGAUAAGCUGAUUGUCCCUGGUGACUUUAACGCCCGCGUCGGCACAGACCAUGCUGCCUAA